GGCCAACCCCCCUGACCAUGCCCCGUGCCCCACCUGCCCCCGCGACCCCCCAGCCCCGCUCAUCCGUGAGCACCCACAGCUGCCGCGCCGCCGCGCCAGGCUUGCAGUAAAGGCUGGAAAUCUGGGUCACAGCUGAGGAAGAUCUUGAACAUGGAGUCCAGGAUGUGGCCUGCACUGCUGCUGUCCCACCUCCUCCCUCUCUGGCCACUGCUGUUGCUGCCCCUCCCACCGCCUGCUCAAGGCUCCUCCUCCCCUCGAACCCCACCAGCCCCAGCACGUCCCCCAUGUGCCCGAGGAGGCCCCUCUGCCCCACGCCAUGUGUGUGUGUGGGAGCGGGCACCGCCACCAAGCCGAUCCCCUCGAGUCCCAAGAUCUAGGCGGCAAGUCCUGCUGGGCACAGCUCCCCCAGCCACCCCAUCAGGCUUUGAAGAGGGGCCGCCCUCAUCCCAGUACCCCUGGGCUAUCGUGUGGGGCCCUACAGUUUCUCGAGAGGACGGAGGGGACCCCAACUCUGCCAAUCCUGGAUUUCUGCCCCUGGACUAUGGUUUUGCAGCCCCCCAUGGGCUGGCUACCCCACACCCCAAUUCAGACUCCAUGCGGGGUGAUGGAGAUGGGCUCAUCCUUAGAGAGUCACCUGCCACCCUGCGGCCAUUCUUAUUCGGGGGCCGUGGGGAAGGUGUGGACCCCCAGCUCUAUGUCACAAUUACCAUCUCUAUCAUCAUCGUUCUUGUGGCCACUGGCAUCAUCUUCAAGUUCUGCUGGGACCGCAGCCAGAAGCGGCGCAGGCCCUCAGGACAGCAAGGUGCCCUGAGGCAGGAGGAGAGCCAGCAGCCACUGACAGACCUGUCCCCAGCCGGGGUCACUGUGCUGGGGGCCUUCGGGGACUCACCCACCCCCACCCCUGACCAUGAGGAGCCCAGAGGGGGACCCAGGCCUGGGAUGCCCCAGCCCAAGGGGGCUCCAGCCUUCCAGUUGAACCGUCCACGUUCAUCUCAGUCACUCAGUGGUCGGUGGGCGACUUCAGCAUUUCCUCUCACGUGUAUGUCCUGGCUCCACGCUGUGAUGUUGCAGUCGUGUCCACACUCCAUCUCAUGGACACCCACUGACCCAGUUUCUGUGGCUCCUGCAUGCUGCCCAGAGGUUGGUGGGAGGUGAGCUGGAGCUCCUCGUGCCCCCAUCUGUCUCGAUCCCAUCCUGCUCCGUGUCAUGUUCUUCACUGUCCUCAUCACCCCACUCCAUGGGCGCUCUCAUUACCCAGAGGGCUCCCCCACAAGAAAGGAGGUAGUGAGGCCCCACACUUUUUCCCACCCCACUGCUAAAUUCUGUUGUCUGGGAGAUGGGUUUUGGGGAGUCACCUGCUGCACUACAUGAGAAAGGGGCUCCCAUUUGCCCUUCCCUUCCUCCUAAGUCCCUUUUGUCUUAUCUGUCCUGGCUGUCUGUGUGUGUGUGUCACUCUCUGGAAUUCAAAGCCCCCUGAGCCAGUCUUCCUCUUCCCAGCCUCCCUCAGUGCCUCCUGAUUCCACUGAGGUUGGCAAGGACUGCAGGCAGUUGGUUCAAGGCCAUUGGGAGCUUUACCUCCCAAUCUGCCCCCCCCUUCCUGGGCUCCCUAACAUCUCUCCCUCCCUCCCUCCCUCCUUUGUUCUUCCACUCACUCCUUUUGCCCCCCACUCUGACCCCAGGUUUGUCCCUACUUCUCAUAAUUUUUUCCACCUUCUUUCCUUAUUCCUCUCUUACCUGGCUCCUAUGCUGUGAUAUAUAUUUUUGUAUUAUCUCUUCUUGUGGUGAUAAUCUCUGAAUUCUUGU